GUUUUAUUGUGAGCGACAUAACUUCGACAGCCGCUUCAAGCAUGUCAAUUUUAGGAAACAUUGUCUACCUAAAAGCAUAGUAGCUUCAACUGGUGAGUAUCUUGGAAAUAGACUGAACGCAUUUAAAGGAAGAUGCUCUUUCUAGGUCUUUCACUGAUUGUCGUUCUAUGCAACCAAGGUAAGUUAGUUAUGAACAGUUAUAAACAGCGGUUGUUUUGUUCAGAACGUUUUCGUUAUUAAGUUAAACCAUUUUAACUGAGAACUAGAAGGCUCAUCAAGGUAUAAGCUUGAAAAGAGAACUCUAGCUCUUUCUUCCUUGCCUAGUUCUAUAAAUAUACAAAUUAUAAGUUAUUGCACGCAGCUGCAAUUAGCGGCUCUCAUUUGACUUCGGUGUACAAUGUGGCUCUGUUUUUGUUAUGUAUCCAUUCAAUAGAUACUACCAGUUAAAGUGUUUCCGACCGGUGUAGAUCAUAUAUAUAUAUAGGAACUGUCCAAUCGUCAUACCUUCUGCGGGUGAAUCCAAAAUACACGAAACCGCUGAUGAAGUAUAAUUUAAGUCUGGGAGUUUAACUGAAAGUUAUCAGCAACUCAAGGGCACCCAACGACUGUUUCCUCCUAACUACAUUGAAAACGCUUUUUAGCCACCCAGAGUACUUUUAGCAGUCUCUAGAAAUGCAUUUUACGCUUCGGGGAGCUAUAAAAUUUGUGUCUGUUCGGCCAUCCUAGGGGAACUUAAGCCUUUUCGAAAUUACAAGAGGCUUCAGUUUUAUUUACCGAAAAUUUUAGGUUUUCUUUUUUCUACGAAAAAUAUCCUAACCUGAGGAGUGAAAUAUGAAAAAUUAAACUUCAGAAAGUCGUAGGGGGGUUUAUUAGAUAAGCUUCGAAAAUUGUACCUGUAUGGAACAGCCAUCUAGAAAUUUUUUGCCGUCUUAAAGUGAAAGAAAAUUCUAGGCAAUAUUUACAUAACUUGAUAACUUUAUUAUUUAUAUAGCGCAAAAUAAAUGGGUAUAUGAUCUAAUGCGCUUCUCCGAACUGAUAUGUUACAGAAAACAGUCGUCGGGUGCCCCUGACAACUGUUCUUGGUAUUUCUUCCUCGAUGGUUUUCGCGUGCUUGCAGGUAUCUGCCAAUGGACCAGCUAGGUCUAGGCAAGGGGAGGAGAAGAAAGGCUGUCGCCUGAAGUUCUUAACUAAUAAAUUUUUUAAGCGAAUUGUACCUAAUUUUUAUAUACGACGUUUGCAAUAACACAUGACAGUAAGUGCCCUCUUCGAAUGGCUCGGUUCUAACCCUGUUUGAAUGUGAGCAAUGAUCCAACAAGUUAUCCUAAAGUUGUAAAUAUUUCGUAUUGGUCUCUGAAUGGAGGCCUAUUAACAAACAGAUAUAAUUUUAUGUCAGUUGACAAGGGAUCCCAUUAAGAUCCUAGUUGUAACUUGGAAAUGUAGCAGUCAGUCUCCGUGGCGCAAUCGGUUAGCGCGUUCGGCUGUUAACCGAAAGGUUGGUGGUUCAAGCCCACCCGGGGACGUUGUGUUUCGCUCAUUCUUUAAGUAACGGUUUUUUUGUUUUGUUUUGUUCUUUUUUUUUCUGAUUAAAAAAGAUUGAAAACUCAUUCUCAUGUUAGGUCAAGCCGCUUCGUUUAGUCAGUGAUUUAAGACACAAAGUUAUUCUAAGAUAUGUUGAGCAUUGAUAAAUGCAACAAAUAUUCUUUUUUCCUCUUAGUCUGUUACGCAAGUCGCGUAGAGGAAAAAUUGAUGAAUGCCAUCUUAAAAGACUACAACGACAAAGCUCGCCCUAUUCUGAAGGAGACAGAUGUGGUCAAAGUGUUUAUUGAUAUCGCAUUACCUCAGCUGAUGAAGGUGGUGGGUAUAGUGUAUUACUUCUAUAACGAGUUUGUUACCUUUGGUAAACAUAGGUGCUCUAUUCUCCACUUUAGUCUAAACGAGAAGUACUUUAAACUGGGUAAAAUUAAUUUUUCCAAAAACUUCUGCGACUGUUACAAAAGACAGGGAAAAUAUUGGCCAAUAGCUGACCAGCACGUCCCCAGUAACUAUCCUAAUUGGAAGAACGGUUGCAAGGGAAUUUUUGGCUUCAAUUCCCUUCUCAUUUUUGAUGUGGCGAAUUAGUAUGAAUGCUCGUGCAUAAUAGAGUGAAUGAAACUGCGCCAAGGUGUUCUGGGAUAGUUUCCUGUGUAUUGUAGCGAAUAAAUAAGGCGGUUAUAAGCGGACGACGUUGCCUCGUUGUUACAUGCGGUAUCUUGUAUUUCUUCGUCCUCUUUUGUUUCUUCUACUGAUACCAAUGACUGCACCUGAAAGGCAGGCUUAUUGCUCUUAGCUUUUUGCAGGCCUGAAUUUAAGCAAAUAUCAGCUCCAUAAUAUAUAUAGACAAAGAAAACACCACAUUAUGGGACUUUGUAGAAAAAGAAGAUGUAUUUUUGGCUCCAACUUUAAUGAAUUCGUACAUAUAAUUGCUCAAAGGAAAAAAAUUGUUUUGCUAUAAAAUUGAGUGACGGAGCUCUCGGCUGGUCCGGUUUUGUGAAAGUUCAACAGACGUACUCCGCCCACUUGAAUAUAUCAAAGCGUACUAAACUACAUUUUUGACGAUAUCAGACUUCCAAAUUAAUUGAAAUUUAUUGCUUAAUGUGCCACAAAGAGCAUUUUUCCAUGCUUUCUCUCCGCACUACAAUGGCUUCCUAAGGACCAAUCUAAACAUCGGCGUAAAGAUGUCUUUCCUCCCCCCUUGGAUGAGAGCAUCCGCAGCAGUCAGCAACACGUUAUGAACAUCAGUGGAACCUUGAGGUACAAUGCGCAGCAUUUCCAUGGCUGAUAGCAUGAAGUGGGUAAGCUUUCGACCAACCGAGGAUACUCUGAAGGCGUCCAGAGAGAAAGCGUGUUUUCCGACAAGAAAUGUGUACCUUAAAGAGAAGAAAAUUGAGAAUUCCCAGGAAAGAUGCAGCAAAGCACUGAAAUCACUUAUAUUCAACCGUCAUUGUAUUGAGCAAGAAACUACGGUGUACCAUUUGAAGAUGCUAGUUUCUUCGUGGUCAUCAGUGCUUUCAUUUCCCUGGUGUGCUAAUACCUUUAGCAUUGGUCCGACCAAUUACUCUAAGACAGAGGAUCGAAUCUAACCCCCAACCUCCUGCUCUAUGCAUUCAAGCGCUCCACUAACUGAGCUAGUCGACGUCUUUGCGAGGUUUUAGUUUUAGUUUGCUCCUGCCGCCGCCCCAUUUUCUUAGCUUCCUCGCUUUAGCCAUUGUUGGGUGGUUUUCUCCCUACGUUAUCGAACUUAUCCAUCAUCCGCCCUUUCCUCUCCCAAUGCCAAUGAACAAUGAGGCUCAGUAUUACUGGAUGAGACUCAGUAUUACUGGAUGUCUUUAACCUCGCACUAUUUUCUAUAAGUUACUUACCAUGGAAGCUCACCAUCACAAUGCGCAUUCUUAUACUCUACGAUCUCCAAUCCCGACUUCCGUAUUGCUUCCAAAAGGACAAGUUGAGUUCGCAGAUCGGGGAUGCCAUUACCAAUCUAAUGAAAUUUAACACGGGAAUGCGAUUUAGUCAAUUGAUAACUGAUAACUGAUAUUUAACAUCAGAUCGUUGUCCAAUUAUGCUUAGAAAACUCCAUACAAACCCUUCUAAAUUUUUUUGGGUCGAUUCAAGAAGUUAGAAGGGUUUGUGUGGAGUUUUCUGAGUAUAACCGGCUAACAUCUCAGAGACAAUUUGCCCCGAAAUGCUCAUUUUUGGUAAGUAGGCCCCUUGGACAUUGUUCUUUCAGAACAUCCUGACAAAUCCCAUAAUUUCAGAAAUUUCAUUUUUACGACGUCAUCACUUUAGUACUCUGUUGUACCCAGAAAAUUGGUCAUUCACUACCUCUCUUACUGAAUUACCUCGAUGCCUUCCUUGAUCUUCACAUGCUCUGCAUUCUUUGGGUCAAAUGCCUCUGUCAUAGCCCAGGCAGAAUCAACGAAGAUAGCACCAGGUUUUAGCACACGUCGUAUUUCUCGGUAAACAAUUUCCGGGUCUGUUGCGUAGAGAGUGGACUCUAACGCAUACCCUCCAUCAAAAGUAUUGUCGCCAAACUCCAUGUGAUGAUAAUCUCCCUGAAAACAAAGAAAGGAAAAAAAAAACAAUUAAGUUGCCGAAUAUGUCUGUCUAGAAGUGGAAAUCUUUGUUCGAGUUAAUUUUACAGUGUUCAUUUUUUUUUCUGACCUUUUUACUGCAGAAGUUAAAUGAUAAAAGCCAGUCAGACUACUCAACUGAGCAGAGCAAAGCCAUUUUUUUUAUUACAAAUGCGUAUUUUCUUGUAGUUGGUCUUACUGAUCAGAAAGACCUUGUCGACCGUAGUAUUUUACAAACCAGUGGUUAAAAUAACAUUUCUCGGCCUUUUUUGGUUAAUAACUGGGUGCUUUUUCAGACUCAUAAGGCAGAAGAAUAAUGAAUGACAUUAGUGUCAAGGUAUAUGUUUUUAAUACCUUUUCCUGAGUUUUUAGCUAAUUCUAGGCUACAAGUAUCAUUUCAUAUCAGCUGCGUUGACAACCAAAGGGCUUAACCCUGACGAAAUUAACAGCCAAUAUUUGUUUCUGCCGACACACCCAAUCCAAACACACUUCAUCCAUGUUUCUCUCUAGUUUCAAAAACAGUUGCUGACGUUCACACAAGCAGAGGUUACUAAGUUGUUGAGUAAUUAAAACUGACCUUAACACCAAUGCAGCAUUCUUGCAUGUUGUUGUUUUCGAUGUGAAACUUCACUCGCUUGAGUUGAUAUUCACAGAGAUUAAGGCCCACUACAUGAGCUCCAGUGAACUUGGCAAUAUUUAUCAUAGGUCCCCCUACACCACAACCGGCAUCCUAAAACAAAAUGCGCAUGUCAUGGUUUUAAAAUAGACCAUCUUACCGAUACGGCGGCCAUAUUGAAUUUAUUAGAUUUAAGGAGUAUUAUGGGGUGCCCAGGAGGCACUAGCUGGGUAUUUACGCUCCAGUGAAUUUGGCAAUAUUUAUCAUAGGUCCCCCUACACCACAACCGGUGUCCUAUAACAAAUGCGAAUGUCAUAGUUAAUAGACCUUUUUACCGAUACGGCGGCCAUAUUGAAUUUAUAUGGGGGCCCAGGGGGGGCACUCGCUCAGCAUUUACUUUCCAGUGAAUUUGGCAAUAUUUAUCAUAAGUCCCCCGACACCACAAUGGGCAUCCUAUAACAAAAAAUGCGCAUGUCAUGGUUAAUAGACCUUUUUACCGAUACGGCGGCCAUAUUUAAUUUAUUAGAUUUAAGGAGUAUUAUGGGAUGCCCAGGGGGCACUCGGUCAGUAUUUAUGUACGCUUUCGGGCAAAAAGAGAACUUCAAUGCAAUGUAUACUUCUAGGGAAGAAGGCGCUCAUUAUUACAUUCAACCACGGCACAACGAUCUUUUUUUCUCCCAUUACAAUCUUUCAGUUUAGGAAAACUUUAAGAAGAAUUGACCCGAAUAGCGCGCGUAAAGACUGAUGCAAGUAUAUCGGAUCGGCUCAUGCCCCCUGGGCAUCCCAUAACGUUCCUUAAAUCCAAUUAAUUCAAAAUGGCCGUCGUAUCGGUAAAAAGGUCUAUUAUUACCAUAGCCUGCGAGCAAGCUCUCCAUUUCUGGAGAGUGAAGAGAUUCGCAAGAGAACGCGCCUCUCACUUUCGCGUCUCCGUUCGCGUGCCGUUCACACGCGAUUCCUCGCGCCUCCUUAAAAUAGAGUUUGGAGUCACGUUUAUGACAAACGUCAAACGUGAAUCUGUACCACGUGACCAGAUUUUCCCCUAAGUUGUCGUUUACUGUCAUUAUCACUACGCGAACAUCAGUAGAUUCACGCCAGUUUUAUCUAUAAGAACUGUUUUAAGCUUUUUUUAUCUGAUCAUUUUCUAUUUUGAGAAUUUCUCAGCGAGAAUCUGACCUUUGCCGUUUGCCUUUUGCCGUAAGCGACUCGACAGGUCUUUACACCUAAAUUGCACUCACACGUGUCGGACACCUGCAAGCGAAGAUCGGGAAAAAGGCGCCAAAAUCGGCCACGCGGAUCACCUCGAUCACUGCAGUGAAUAUUUUGAACCAUUAAUCCUGCACUUUAAAGUUUAAUCAAGUGUAUAUGUGACGGUCAAUACUCAUCUGCAAAUUUCAAGGUCGUGCAUUUUAUUUUAAAAUCGCAAAAACUGUGUACAUAUUAAAUAGAUACACAGUAAGCCUGCAAACAAGCAUUCUCCUUGAGGCCCUUGGAGAGUAAAAUAGCUGUGAUUUUUAGCUCAUACCUCAACUCAACUACACUCCUCCAAUCCCUCCUCUAUGUGAAAUAAUAACCUGUUUAUCUAUUUCGUUUCGUUUUUUCUUCACGUGACAAGCACUAGCUAGAGCGAAUUAUGUAUCACGCGAUGCGAACUUGAAUAAAUGUCACGCUAUCGUAAACUGAAAUCAAAACCACUGAAUUUCUAACUGAAAAUUAAAUUUGAUAUAUUACAGAAUAUCGAUGAAUAGACAACUUGGCCUCAAGUCCCCGUUCUGUGCGAUUUCCCGCUGCAUAGGUCGGCUUCAAAGCGUGUAAUCGUAGAGGGUAGUGAGCGGUAGGCCCUUAUCGACUGUGCAUACAUAAUUUGUGGCCGGAAAAACGAGCAUAAUUUUUGCUCUUUAAAAAAGUAGCAAUACUAUCAUAAGCACGUAUUUUUUUCAUUUAGCUCAGUUUAAUCAUUGAACGGACCAGCAGCAGACUCAUUCUUGCUUGGUCCAGAUAGAUUUUUUUUCAAGUGCGUCCAUUUUUCAGUCUAAUGUUUUCGUCAAGAGAGGGAGGACACGGUGCUGUUCAUGGUCGAGAGAGCUGGGCACACCGGAAGUCAGAAAGGUUGCGUCUGUCCUAGCUUCCGGCUUCGCACGCAACGAGAUGGGUCAGAUGGCGCCGAACAACUUGCUGAAAGACCAAACCCCGUUGAAAUUGGUCUGAUCAAAGCUUACCAAAGGCAUUUACAAGACCAUGGGUCAUCUGACGUGAAAAUAGUACCAUUCAAUGCAUGAUCGCAUAAUUUGAAGAAAAAUUAGCAUAAAAUUUUCCAAAAAGAGCAUAUAUAAUUCGGAAAAAAUUAGGCAAUGCUAAUGGCAUAUACUUCUUUUACUAGCACAAUCGAUAAGAGCCCAGAAAAGGGACACCACGUGUGUGGCCUUUCGAGGGGCACAAAUAUGGUGCUUCGAACUUAUGCACAGAUCUGGGGUUAAGUUUCUAAUCGCGAAACCUAAUGAAAUCAGUGUAACGGAAAAGGAAACUGUUCAUCUAAACACAUUUUCUAAUACCUCUACGUCCUCUACCAUCAAAGAGCAAAAAGCUGAGCCCUACGAUAAAUUUUGGAUUAAAUGUUUGUUUUGUCCUUUUUCAGCCGUUGCUUUAAAUCCUUCAUCAUCAGGUUGUCACUGGUUAUUGGUAUGAUUCGGUUGACUUCAUAAUUCUAAAGGUCGAGUAAGGGCACAGGUCUCCCAAGCUCGAAAUAUGAGCAUCGGAAUUGUUGCGUAACGUUCCAAUUAUAAGGAUUUGUAUGCCUAUGGGGAGCGGGGGGGACUAAGGUUCCUGUACCCUAAGAAUAUCAAGUAAAAGAAUUUCAAUUUAAAACGGCUUACCUUACUUUAAAUGUGUGUUACCUCUUUCCUUUGAGGUCCGCGAGCCUAUUCAUUCCCAUUUCACAAUGAUCUCAUGGGAAAGGAUAUAUCCCGGGAGAGUAUAUCGGUUCACACCAGUUAUUCGAUUACACUAAAAAAAAAUGGCCAUAAAUUGGCUCGCGGAGCACAGAGGAAAGACGUAACACACAGUUUACGUAAGGCUAGCCGUUUUUAAUGAAAUUCUUUUAUAGUCGUUGGUUACAGAAACGAUAGGUCCCCUCCCACCCAUACCAAUCUUGAAAUUUCCGGAAUGUUUCGCUAUAAUGCCGAUGCUGAUAUUUUGAGCUUGGGCUGCCUGUGGUCAGGGCACAUAAAUUAACCAGUGAAAACAUACUUAUGAUAAACAAGUAGAGGCAUAAUUAGAAGGUGGUGUGAUGACUGUCAACCAAUCAAACACCGCGAACUUUUGACAUCUUGAAAUCGGGUCCAAAGUAUGCGGUUUUGGCCCCGCUUCAAAAAAAAAAUGAAACUUAUAACUAAUUCAGGUUACAAAAUAUUUUGACACUAGUUUCAAAAUGUCUAGACAAAAUAUAGCCUCAUUUAACAUUUCCUGGUGACGAACGUAUACAAGUACAAUGACAAAAUGAAAAUGCAAUGAAAAAGAGAGUUUACCUACCAGUAGCUUCAUGCCUUGAUUAGCCUUUAUAGUUCUUGCAAUUUCUCUUUCAUAGGCCACAACACACUCCUGCAAGGAAGAGCUCGCGGAUAGGACCGGUGCGAAAUGAAAUGAUCGCCCGUACCCAUAUUCAUAAAAGUCGGUGACAAGUGUAUAGAAGUUGUUCGAAAUGUCGGUGACAUUUCGAAUUCGCUCUUUGCGUUUUGCCUCUCGCUCCGACCUCUCUUUGCCCCGCUCGAACUGUUUAAUAUAUCUCUUAACAUUUUCUUGAACGAAAUCAUGCCCGUAGGCUUGACUGUUGUAAUUCAUUAAACUAUUACGCUCAGAAUUUUCCACACUUCCUUCGUCACGUUUUGACAUUAUUGCAAAGUAAAAUAACUAUAAUUCUUAAACGUUAGGACUUCAACUCCACCUACGAUGUCUCAUACAGCGACUACGUACCUCACAACUAACGACCCGUUCCCAGUCUUCAAUCUGCCUUUAUUUGAUUUUAGCGAACCUUCAUUUGAAUUUUUCGUCACGCAAACUAUUUUUGCAAGCGUGACCAGGGGGGCUGUUCUGGCGUAUAUAUAUGGGUAAGCCUGCCGCUGGACGGCCCAUGUUUUUUGACCUCCCUGUCCUAAACAGGGUAAAUACUUUCGUGCGAGUCUGAUCUAGUUAUAAAACAAGGUAUUGCCUGCACGAUUAAUCGACGAAAUUUGUUUGUACUCCAAGUGUACAAAAGCAAUGACUACAAACCUGAAUUUGCUUGAUUGCACUUGCUAAUUUUUGUCCUAAACAGGGUCAGGGUUUCUAACCCUCAACGACUCACCUAUUCCCAAAUGUUGGUCGAGUAGCUUUCCCCCGGCUCCGGACAUCUAAGCUCUCGUUACUCUUAAGGAGGAGGGUAUACACCAAUGAGCAGAACCUACUGAAAAGAGGGUGUUGCAAUUGGGGAAACGAACAGCACUCGCACUUUGCCCAUUUUGGUCUGUAAUCGGGUAUGGUUUUCGAGGGAACUACGGAGUGUAUGAACAUAUUUAUCGUUCCAAUUCCAAAUGAGUAAGAAAGAAAGAGAAAUAAAAAUCAUGCAAAUUCGAAAUGGAUUUGAAUAAUUUUUUGUUUGCGCUCUAUACCCUAACGGCUAAGUAAUGAUGACAUAAUUUCUGUCUAAAGGCCAGGUCUGAAAACGGGUACGGAUUUUAGAGGACUAGUCUGAAAAAGGGUGUGGAAAAUUACAUUGUUUGGUCUGAAAUCGGAUCAAGAUUUGAGCCACCGGGCGGCACACCCCCACCAAGAAUUCCCUGGAGUACUCCCCCACCCCCUCCCCCCCCCGGGGAAAUCGGCGCAGCGCAGCUUUGCUCCUUUACAGAAAUCGCACCGAAAUCACCGUUCUUAUGUGUGCACAGAAGCCCUAUUCGUGUCAACGCAAAAACUAUUCCGGUAUAAUGUGAACAUAGCCUUAAUCUUCUUCAAGUUUACAAACUACAAAAAUAAACCUUCAAAAACUGUUUUAAUUAGGUUAACAACUGCAUCAAUUGCUAUCCGUUUGCGGCUAUUGUUCACACGGAUAGCUUUUCGAGGCGACACGAAAAGCCAUCCGCUGUAGUUAUGAACACCUAUCCGAUAUUUUACUCUCCACGAUAGAGAUCGGCGCAGCACAUCUUCGCUCCGUGACAGAAAUCGCACCGACGUCAACGGUUGAGUAUGUACGCAUGGAAUGGAGCCCUGUCCUGUAAUGGUUUUCGUGUCGGCGCAAAAGCUGUUCGGUUUUAUGUGAAUACAGCCUUAAUCUUCUUCAAGUUUAUCCAUCCGUGCCUUCUUUUAGCCUUCUUUUAUAUUUGCUGUGUUAUUCGUACCUUCUUCCAAUGCUUUGAGCGGUUAUUUUUUCGUUUCUCUCUUUUUGCUGAUAGUUAACAUUGUUAGAAUUUUAGUAACACAGCUCCUUCAAGGAGCGACCUAAAAUGUUCUUCUGUAUCAAGAUUACUUUCGUGGUGAUGAGUCUGUCAAUAACAGACAUACAAAGUUUUUAAAGGCUCAUAAUUAACCGAGAGAGGCCAAUNGGCUCAUUUUGUUUCUAUUGCCAAUUACGCGUCUGAAUUCAAUAUAACUCAGUUUCGAUAUUCGCCGUAGAAAUGGAUACGUAGUUAAGAAGAAAUUACUUCAUUUUUUAAAUGACAAAAAUAAUGGCUUUGUGUAUAGGUCUCCGAAGCAUUAUAUCGAACGUCAGAAACAACAAAAAUAAAGUUUUAAAAAACUGUUAGGUCAAGUACCUCACCGCUGCUAUCCGUUUUAGGCUGGCUGUUGUUCGGAUGUCUUUUCGUGCCGACACGAUAAACCUAUCCAGUAUAGCAUGAACACCUCUCCGAUAUUUGACUUUCCACUUUAGAGAACGGCCGGGGGGGGGGGUACUCCCUUAUAUAAGCCAUAUAGGUAUGUGCCGCCCCAUCGGGUUCGGUUUAUGCGCCGUUUUGGUCUGUAAUCGGGUACACACUUUGCCCAUUUUGGUCUGUAAUCGGGUAUGGUUUUCGAGGGAACUACGGAGUGUAUGAACGUAUUUAUCGUUCCAAUUCCAAAUGAGUAAGAAAGAAAUAGAAAUAAAAAUCAUACGAAUUCGAAAUGGAUUUGAAUAAUUUUUUGUUUGCGGUCUAUACCCUAACGGCUAAGUAAUGAUAACAUAAUUUCUGCCUAAAGGCCAGGUCUGAAAACGGGUACGGAUUUUAGAGGACUAGUCUGAAAAAGGGUGUGGAAAAUUACAUUGUUUGGUCUGAAAUCGGAUCAGGAUUUGAGCCACCGGGCGGCACACCCCCCCACCAAGAAUUCCCUGGAGUACUCCCCCACCCCCUCCCCCCCGGGAGAUCGGCGCAGCGCAGCUUUGCUCCGUUACAGAAAUCGCACCGAAAUCACCGUUCUUAUGUGUGAAUAGAACACCUUUUCGUGUCAACGCAAAAACUAUCCCGGUAUAAUGUGAACAUAGCCUUAAUCUUCUUCAAGUUUACAAACAACAAAAAUAAACCUUCAAAAACUGUUUUAAUUAGGUUAACAAGUGCAUCAAUUGGUAUCCGUUUUCGGCUAUUGUUCACACGGAUAGCUUUUCGAGGCGACACGAAAAGCCAUCAGCUGAAGCCAUCCGCUGUAGUAUGAACACCUAUCCGAUAUUUUACUCUCCACGAUAGAGACCGGCGCAGCACAUCUUCGCUACGUGACAGAAAUCGCACCGACGUCAACGGUUGAGUAUGUACGUAUGGAAUGGAGCCCUGUCCUGUAAUGGUUUUCGUGUCGGCGCAAAAGCUGUUCGGUUUUAUGUGAAUACAGCCUUAAUCUUCUUCAAGUUUAUCCAUCUGUGCCUUUUUUUAGCCUUCUUUUAUAUUUGCUGUGUUAUUUAGACCUUCUUCCAAUGCUUUGAGCGGUUAUUUUUGCGUUUCACUCUUUUUGCUGGUAGUUAACAUUGUUAGAAUUAUAGUAACACAGCUCCUUCAAGGAGCGACCUAAAAUGUUCUUCUGUAUCAAGAUUACUUUCGUGGUGAUGAGUCUGUCAAUAACAGACAUACAAAGUUUUUAAAGGCUCAUAAUUAACCGAGAGAGGCCAAUCAAGUCCCUUGAAGCGGAAAAUUUACUGAACCGCAAAGUCAGCGUCAACAAGAACAACUCUUUUGUUGUUGCUAAGGCCAGAAAUAAAUUGCGUCAGAAACUCUAAAAAUGUUACACCUAUUAUGUUAAGAAUUCUAAAUUGAAGAAUCGAAUGAGUCUGUUUUAAAUUAGAAAUAGAAACACCAUCUUCUAGAAGUUAAUUUAAAAGGAAAUUAAAAGGAAAUCCUGAAUCUGCCUAAGCAGGCUCGCUUGUAAGAAUUCGGGGAAAAUUUUGGCGUCUUUGGUGGUAGAGCCGCCAUACAUGUACAGCGAGGAAUGAGUUGGCGGCUUCGCACAAGUGAGCCCUGCUCACAAGCUAUGAUCUGCCUCUCUUCAUGUAUUGCUAGUUUCAUACCUCACUACUUAAGCUAUACAACUUAUUAAUUUCCUUGUAAAUAGAAUUUUAGAUUUCACUUUUAGGAGUUGGCUUUGAAAAUUCUAAGUUACCAACUCCCUUUACUCAGUAUAUAUCUUUUUAGUGUCUGUUGUGUAUCUCCUGUCUAAUGAAAUGUUAAUACUUAUUGUUUUCGUAAACGUUUUAUUUCCAUUGAAAAGUGACUUGACUUGACUAGAUUUAAUAUUAAAACCAUUUAUUUAAGCCAAAAUAAUCCUUUUUAAUAGGAUGAGAAAGAGGAGGUCAUUACCACAAACGUAUGGAUGAGACAGGUAGGGGAAUAUGUUAUCAAUUCGACCUUUUGUUUGAUUUCCUAAGAUUAAACAAGAAAAACAAGUUAAAAAUGAAGAGAUAGAGGUAGAUAGGAAAAAAGUUUCAAGUUGUUGAAGGAGUUCACAUAUAAUAUAAUACUCCUUGCCUACUUUAAUAAUCUUGCAAGACGUAUGCGGAGUAAUCUGUGGUCACAACAGGAGAAAGAAGUUGAAUAAUCGAGUAGCUAUAAUAGUUGUGGUCACACUACAGACUUUUACAUAGGUAAAAAUCGACUUGUUGACAGUUUACCUAGGGAAACUUGAUUUUUUAAGUGUGACCGAUUUUUCCCUAAUUAACUUACCUCGGGGAAAUGAAAAGCAAACGUCUUUAGCAAAUAAAGAUCAAUAAUAUAAUUGUUGUUUUUGCAGUUCUGGAACGAUCCACGACUUUCCUGGAACAAAUCUGAAUUUGAAAACAUCUCGCAGGUUAUCAUCAACCCAAAGAAGGCGUGGUUGCCAGAUGUUGUGCUACUGAAUAGGUGCGAAUACGAUGUCGAAAGUGAUAUAACUCGUUUUCAGUGGUAUUAUCUCCUCACAAUCACCACCACCAUUAUAAUUUCAACCUUUAUUAUCGUUAUCACAUUCGUCAUCGUCAUUAUCAUCAUCAUCGUCGUCGACGUCAUCUCUUUGACGUCACCGAUAUCAUCAACGUCACUAUCACGAUCAUCAUCACCAAAAAUCAACAUAGGUAUAUAAUAACAACAUCAUAAACAUUUUAUGACCAUCAAGUUAUCAUUGUCAUCAGCCACUUGAGAUCUCGCAAAGGGAAGUGAAAGAGCGAGGCGUCCUAAUGUUUUCUCAGUAGCUAAAAAUGAUACGAUGCCAGAGAGGACUGUUGUGUGUUUUUGUUUGCUUGCUUCCUUGUUUCUUUGUUUGUUUGUCUUCUGAAAUGAAUUUCUUAAAGCAUAGACUGCGCACAUGAUAUAAUGGUGUUAAAACAGAUUCGUUUCUGUCCCGUCUUUCCCCUUGCAGAAAAUCAAAGCUUUAAGUCUAAUUAAUAUCAUCAUCAUUAUCAUCAUCAUCAUCAUUUCGAGUCUCCAAGGGCAAUGUCUCGCCACACACCACUAUCUGUCUGUUCAACAUGAUAGUUGAUGCCACGUACUAAUCAAUAUAGGAAAGACUCAAAAAACAUACCUCACUUAUAUUUAUAGAUUAAAGGUGUAGCAAAAACCCAAGUUGCAAUGGAGGAAAGUAAAAUUCACUGGAAAUUCAUCCUUUUUCUUUUUAUUCCCAACAGCGCCGAGGAGGUGACGGACGGGCGCGGUAACGAAGCUCGCCUGGUUGUGAAGCAUGAUGGGAAUGUAUCAUGGUUGAAUCCGGUGAUCUUCACGAGCUCGUGUGAAAUCGAUAUCACAUUCUUCCCAUUGGAUGAUCAAACUUGUGACCUUAAGUUUCGCUCUUGGUCUUAUAACAGUGACUUCCUGGACGUUUAUCCACGGAGAGAAGGCGCAGACUUGAGUUUGUAAGUGGUAUAUAUGGGAACGCCCUAUACAAGGAACAGACAAUCAUAUCGACACUUCUCUCCUACUGACAGUAGACCUUUUUACCGAUACGGCGGCCAUAUUGAACAAGUUAGAUUUAAGGAGUAUUAUGGGAUGCCCAGGGGGCAUGAGCACAUUCCGUUUAGUAUUUCAAGCGCCUUUUGGAGCAUUUUUCUAAAAAUUUUCUUAGAAUAAGAUUGUAAUGGGAAGGAGAUCGUUGUGCCGUUUUUGGAUGUAAUAUUGAUCGCCUUUUUCCCCGGAAAUGUGCUGUGAAAGUCUGAAAGACCAUAUUUCUUAUACCAAGCGAGUACAACAGAUCGUGCUCAUGCCCCUUGGGCAUCCCACAAUACUCCUUAAAUCGAAUUAAUUCAAUAUGGCCGCCGUAUCGGUAAAAUGGUCUAUUACCUUGAGUAAUGCCCCAAAGCUCCCAAAUAGACCACUUAGCUUUUGAAAUUUGUUUUUGCAAUGUAGGUUAUGUGAUCUUACACUGAAGAAUUGUUUCUUUCAAAUUUCGACAUGUAUACCUCAGAAAAAAUUCCCUCCAGAGAACAUCAACACUAAGAAAACAAAACAUACAAGCAAAAAGACUACAACAUACGUGAGGAUCGUCGUAUCUACUAUGGACACUAGGAUGUUUAUUUUUGGUGUCCGUAUUAAAUUUUGGCUGUAAACUUUUCGUCAUUUUACAACAAAAGCCAGUAUUAAAUUUUGUGUUAAUCACUCCUUCAAAAUUUAACCUUGGCAAGUUCAAACAUUCUGUUUAUCUUAUUUUUUAUUUCAUGAAAAUAAAUGUCAAUAAUAUUUAACUUUUUUAACGGCCGAAAUUUUAAUUCCAUGAACACUGAAAAUGAUCAUAGCCCGGAAGAAAUCAAAUUAAAUGACGUUUAUCCCCAGGUAUACGGGUAUUUAUCAACUUGGUAUUCUUGGUCUGCAACCACGUGACAAGGCGGCCAUGUUGGUGGUGUGUUGGUUGUCAAUACAAUAUAAUUUUUUCUCGAACAAUUUACAUGAAAAUAGAGUUUAGUUCCCAGAGGAGAGAAAUGCUUUUGUUCUUGACUGCCAACAUGGCCGCCGUGACGUCACGUGCAAACCAGCAAUACGGUAAUUAUACGUAUGUAACAACGCAGGUAUGUAGAAAAUGGUGAGUGGAUACUUAGUGACGUUACAUCGAAACGCAGUGUUUUGGAGUACGACUGUUGUGAUGGAAAAUUUCCGGAGGUAACUUACCGUCUGGAGUUACGCCGUCGUACCUUAUUUUACAUGAUGAACUUCAUUUUGCCAUGCGUGUUGAUCGCCGUCUUAACCCUGCUUGUUUUUCUGUUGCCUCCGGAGUCUGGCGAGAGAAUGUCAUUUGGAGUAACUGUUCUUUUGUCCUUUACCAUUCUGUUGUUGAUGCUAAUGGUGAGUUUGGUUUUGUUUUGUUUUUUUUUUGGCUUGUGAUAGCCCAGCAUCGUAUCCAAGUCCUAAAAACUAUGAACCAAUUAGUGUAAAACUAGAUUUAGUACAAUGUUUGUCAAAUCGUUUGGGACACUCAGUUUCUUUUUCAUGAAGGGAACUUGCACUUCAAGUUAAUCCCCCUCCCCUAUUGGAAAGUAUUGGGUGUUAGAAUAAGUCAAACACCUUUUAUUUACAUGUACAUCUUGCACUGAUUAUAAACCGGAUUAGCUUUGGUCAGUGAGGUGGGGUGGGGGAAAAACCUUGAUAAGUCCGUGUUUAUGAGAGUGUAUUGCUGGUUACGAGCAAAUUCCAUACAAACCUACGUGAAAGGGGAUAGUAUCCUAGAACCUUUUGACCCGAAUUGUAGCUCCUUUCUUGUGGUGUUUUUUUUAGAGAAUUUAAUCUUUGAAAGGAAAUUUUUCUCUUCCCCCGAUCGAAGAACGUAAAAUGCCUUUGAACAAACUCAAAAAUUAUUUUCCAACAGCAUUUGCUUUUACUGAUCACCGGUCCACGUCCUUUCUUCCAUUACUUUAUACUUACUAACAAGGUUCAAUAAACCAAAUGUAGUGAUAGGACGACGAAGUCUCAAUUAAUAUUUGAUCGGAAAUUACUCCUCUUUCCUGCACCAACAAAUAUUUUGAAAGGUCUUUCAAGCCUUUCAAGUCUUUCUUCUACAGUGAAAUGAUCGUACGCGCUUCGAUUCUAGGUUGCUCUAAAUAUUUGGCUGUAGUUUUUAACGACGAUCAAACGUGCCAUUAAGGGAUUAUUCUGGCUGGGGCAUUUUCGGACUGAGUAUUUGUAUACACAUUGAAAAAACUCUCUAAGCUAUCAGCGACUAAUUCAUAAACGAAUGUAUCUGAUCCCUUUUUUGUGACAUCAAGUAGCUCUGAGAUACUCAGUCAGGUAAUUGUUGUGACCACCACUUUGUCUAUUUUCUUCCUCAGGCCAAGCUACCCGCCACCUCCAAAGUCAUUCCGCUUAUUGCUGUCUACUACGCCUGCACUAUUAUCGAGGUGUCAGCGGCAAUGGGCAUGGCUUGCCUCAUGCUACGCUUUUAUCAUCCCAUCAACUCCUCUGCCCCAAUCCCCGCCUGGAUCCGGGUAUAUUUAUGAUGUUGUAAUAAGGAACUUAAGAUGCGAGAACAGCGACGGCAUCGUGAUUAUUUCGUCGUUGCUUGUUUACACCCUCUAUAAAAUAUGAAAUGGCAUUUUCACGUCGUAGUCGUGCAAAAACGGCAAAGAAAUGUACAAAAAAGUGUUAUGCACGUGCAAAGUUCUUGUUUCGCUUAAACCUAUUGCCUUUAUGACGUUCUCGUUGCUGUCGCCGUCGUCUGAUCUUAAGGACCAUAAUAUGCGAAUGUAAUCAAUGAGUCCAGUGUUUCCCCGACUGGAAGUUUUGGACAAGGAUUUCUUUGUUGUAAGCCUCAAAGGGUGUUUCUGACUAAAAAGAUUUUUGAUCAACAUUCCCCCACACGUCACACUGAGUAGCUUGUGUUAAAAAUGGCACUCAGCAACCACAGCAGUUUUACUGACGCUAUGAUUAUGCAAAGACGACAUCGGGUAACAUUUUGUACUAGAUCCAAUGUAGAUUGGUCCGUGACCGUCCCGAUAGCGCUUUUCGGCGCUGUGCAAGAAGUUCUAAACUCGAUAGAAAAACCCAUUUAAUUUUGUCCCCCACCCCACCCUUUUUUUGUAAUGAUGUCUGUUUGACCCAGAUAUUGGUUACAGUUCGGUCUCAAGUACAUGAAUAGUACUUGCGCAGAGGAAGGACAAAAAUGGUAUCACUAACAUAAUAUUUUCGUUCUUGUAGGUUUGUGUGCUCAAUUAUUGUGCAAGAUUAGUGCGUUUAAGCACGUCGGCAGGCAGAGUGAGACAGGCACAAAUUGUCCAAGAGUUUCGACAAGGUAAACAAAGCCAGUAAUAUGACAGCUGAACUCCUUUCAAGCUUUCUACACUCGACGAGACGUGAGAAGCAAAGGAAACCCUAGGGAACUUUAAGACGUUUGCAGCGACGUACGUCAACCGUUAAUGGAAAUUUUGCAUUCUUGCCCGGGGUUUUGCCUGAAUUUUUGAACAAAUCGUCUCGCACUCAACUUCUACGCUUACGCAUGGUCUUUCAUUCAUUGGUUUUUGUUUUGUUUCUUCUAUUUGCGCGCGUAAAAGCACGUUAAAAUUACGCGCGGCAGUGGAAAAUUACCGUUAGCGAAAAGGCGCAUAUUAAAAAGGAAAAUUAAGGCUUAAGCUAUCCAGCUCCUUCUCCCUUCUCACAUGCGAAGCUAGCAAUUUCUCUCAAGUUUCAGAAUUGUCUCUGGGGCGGAGAAAACAUCAACGAAUAUAUUAAAAAGAUAUCACUACUUGUUCAACUUCUAUUUUAUAAACGUUUCAAGGGGGAAACGGGUAGUUGCGGCGAGAGAGAAAAAGUCGGAAUGGUUUGCUCUCGCCCAGACUACACGAGCCUGAAAUUGUUGUUUUUCAUUGCAGUGAAACUGCGCGAAAACAGAGGCAAAGAACAAACGAACAUGACGGUCUUGACGGAUAACAUUUUCAAGCAAGAAGAAGCGGACACCAUGAGAGAGGAAUGGAGAAUGGCAGCGAUAAUAAUCAAUCGACUUUUUGCUUGGAUUUACGUCUUUACCAUCAUAGUAACUUUGUUGGCGGUCUUGCUGACGUCACCUAGAUUUAGAAAUGGGGAGCUGUGAAGUCUACUGAUUCCUGUAGUGAUAAAAGAAGUAACUUAUCGAGAACUUAUCUAACCUCAAAUCCCCAGUCUCGUUUUAUUGGUAAGAAGCAAUUGGUUAAUUCGUCACCUCAUAAGGGUUAUAUAUCGUUUUUACUCACUCGGCCACCAGCUACGCAAAUUUAUCGCAACAAAAAAAAGUGUUUGAAACACCAACAUGGACGCCGGUUCAUUGUUUUGGGACACCAAUAGGGACCUUAGGAUGCGAAGACGGUGACAGCAGGUAAAACGUCGCUUUAAAAAGUGAAUUCGUGGUUUUUCAAUCUUCAAUGCGAUUAUUCCAUCUCCCUUUUUUUGUCGAAUGUACGCGAACUCUCCGGGAGUUGAAUUCCUAAGAGCGAAAAAAGACAUUUAAGUGAGCGAAAUGGUGGUGUAAAGCUGGUGUAAAGUUCUCAUUUAGGUAACUUUACGACCCAUUUAAGCCACGUAAAGUCGAACUUUACGCUACCGUAAAGAAACACUUUAAGCUCUGCGUAAAGUUGCAUGGUGUGAAUGCGCUUUAAAGUUGAGAUUUAAACCAGCAUAACUGAAGCAUCAAGUUGGUGUAAAGAUCUUAUUUAGACAAUACUUUUACGCGAUACGCGGACAUGCAAAGGAGUUGUAGUUUAAAAAGUAGGGCUCUUUUCAGUUUCCAAUUUUUCAUUACCAUAACCAAUUUUCAAAUUGCCUAUCUUUAUUUUCACAUUUCAAAUGCCAUGAAAAUCGCCAUGCAUGCUACAUUCUUGUAACUGCAAAAACUGCAAAUACGAAUCGCAAUUUUUUAAGUAUAGCC